UGCAGGUGGUGACGGAUGCGAUCGGAGGAGCGGCGCUGCCGCUUCUCCCUUGCUCUUCCCUCCCCCCCAUGGAGCAGCUCAGAUCCGUAUUCAUCUGGUCCCCCUCCUCUGCAGCAGCCGGCUUCUCGUCCUCCUCGACAGCUGUGGGGAAGGAGGAGGUUGAGGAUAGGGAUAGGGCGGUGCGGGAAGCCUGGCAACAGCAGGAGGUGGAAGAAGAGGACGAGGAGGAGGAGGAGGAGGAGCAGCAACCUACUGCUAACCUUUACUGGACGGCCGUCUUCGACUAUGAGGCGAGCGCCGAAGACGAACUCAGCCUGCGCAAGGGGGAUGUGGUGGAGGUGCUCUCCAAGGAUUCCAAGGUUUCUGGAGAUGAAGGAUGGUGGACGGGUAAAAUCAAUGACCAGGUUGGCAUCUUUCCCAGCAACUAUGUCACCAGUGGCCCAUGUUACAGCAAGUUACAAGACAGAAGCACUGAUGUUUACCCACAUGUCCCGGAAACAGACUUUAGUGAACUGCAGCUGGAGGAGAUUAUUGGCAUUGGUGGAUUUGGUAAAGUUUACAGAGGCAUCUGGAGGCUGGAGGAGGUCGCUGUUAAAGCAGCUCGGCAGGACCCAGAUGAGGACAUCAGCCAGACCAUUGAAAAUGUUAAGCAGGAAGCAAAACUGUUCGCUAUGUUGAAGCAUCCCAACAUCAUAGCCUUGCAAGGUGUUUGUCUGAAGGAGCCCAAUCUUUGCUUGAUCAUGGAGUUUGCCCGUGGGGGCUCUUUAAAUCGAGUGUUGUCUGGCAAGAAGAUCCCUCCUCAUAUACUUGUCAACUGGGCAGUUCAGAUUGCAAGGGGCAUGAAUUACUUACAUGAAGAAGCAAUUGUUUCUAUUAUCCAUCGUGACCUCAAGUCCAGUAACAUUCUGAUACGCGAGAAGCUGGAAAAUGAUGGGCUAAGUAACAAAACCCUGAAGAUCACGGACUUUGGCCUGGCACGCGAGUGCCACAAGACAACCAAAAUGAGUGCGGCAGGCACCUAUGCCUGGAUGGCACCAGAGGUGAUCCGGUCUUCCAUGUUCUCCAAAGGAAGCGAUGUCUGGAGUUAUGGUGUGUUGUUGUGGGAACUGCUGACGGGAGAAGUUCCAUUCAGAGGGAUUGAUGGACUGGCUGUGGCUUAUGGUGUGGCUAUGAAUAAACUGGCCCUUCCCAUUCCCUCCACCUGUCCAGAGCUUUUCAGCAAACUCAUGGAAGAUUGCUGGAAUGCUGAUCCUCACUCUCGUCCAUUGUUUCCCUGCAUCUUGGAGAAGCUCACUGCCAUUGAGGAAUCUGGCUACUUUGAAAUGCCUCAGGAUUCAUUCCACUCGCUGCAGGAAGAAUGGAAGCUGGAGAUACAGGAAAUGUUUGAGGAACUUAGAGAAAAGGAGAAGGAACUGCGCAGCUGGGAGGAGGAGCUGUCUCGGGCAGCCUUGCAGCAGAAGAAUCAAGAGGAGCUGCUGCGGCGCCGGGAGCAGGAGCUGGCCGAGCGGGAGAUUGACAUUCUGGAGCGGGAGCUCAAUAUCAUCUUCCACCAGCUGCACCAGGAGAAACCCAAGGUGAAGAAACGGAAGGGCAACUUCAAAAAGAGCAGGCUCAAACUCAAGGAUGGCAACCGGAUCAGCCUUCCCUCUGAUUUCCAGCAUAAGAUCACCGUGCAGGCUUCUCCCACUCUGGACAAGAGGAAGAGUCUGAUCAGCAGCAGCUUGAGCCCCCCUGCAAGCCCCACCAUCAUCCCACGACUCAGGGCAUUUCACUUAACACCAGGUGAAAGCAAUAAGACCUGGGGCCGCAGUUCAAUGUUUCAGCGAGAAGAGUGUGAUGAAGAUGAGAAAAAGGGGCAUAAAAAGAAAGGUUGGACCUGGGGCCCCAGCUCUUUGUACCAGAAGGACCUUGGUGGUGUGGAAGAGAGCCUUAAACAUGUGGUCAAUGGAGGCAAAGAAUGGUCACCCAGUGCUCCUAGUCUGGGGAAAAAUCGGACUGCUACUAUGGUUCCGGAGUUCACUAGCCUCAGUGAAAUAGAACAUGAAGAUGGGAAUGUAAUGAAGGAUUGUGACCCUAGGUUGCAGAAGUGUGCUUUUCCCAACCAGUCCUACCUCUCUUUACCUUUCUACUGUAAUGAUGAAUGCGAGGCUGGUGUUAGUGACAACAAUGAGGAACCGACUCCAGUGAACUCUGCCACCAGCACCCCGCAGCACACCCCCACUAACAGCUAUAAACGCAGCUCACAAAGGAAGAAGUGUGACCUGGUCCUCCUGGGUUGUGGUGCUGUCUUGGCAGCAGUGGCUUUGGGGUUUGAUUUGCUGGAGCUGGGAAAAUGCCAUGUUUUACAAGAAGCUGUCGAACCUAAGGAAGAGAAGAAAAGGAAGGAGGGCAUCUUCCAGCGCACCACCCGACUGCGACGGAGCAUCAGCCCUCCAUCUCGGAAGAUCUUCAAGAAUGAAGAAUUUGUCAUUCCAUCCUCAUUGACGCUGCUUUCACUGUCCUCCAUUUCUGAAUGCAACUCCACAAGGUCUUUGCUGCGUUCAGACAGUGAUGAGCUGGUGGUGUACGAGAUGCCCACAACGCCAAGUUCAAUGGACGACAACUCUGUGUUUAUUACUCAUCAUCCUUUAGUAGACAUAACCAUUGAACGCUUCAAGAGGGACCCAAAACAAUCAUUGACCCCAACUCACGUGACAACAAACAGCACCACCGCACACCGGGGUCACAGAAGGACUCCUUCUGAUGGGGCCAUUAAACAGAUUCCCCAGACUCUGAACUCCACAACGUCCACUGGUACUGUAGGCUCCAUUGCGACAGGUAUAGGUAAAACCCCAAGCCCCAGCAAGGAUCCAACAGAAGUUCCUCGUCUGCCUGAUCCCAACCUGGUCUUUCCUCCUACUCCGAGACGGAGAAGCACGAAGCAAGACUUCACUCUGGAAAGGCCCAAGACACUGGAAUUUGUACCAAGGCCUCGUCCAUCUGCAAACCGCCAACGGUUAGAUCCAUGGUGGAUUGUUUCACCCAGUAAAACGCAUAGCAACUCCCCAGUUAAUAGUUCUAGUACUGAAACACCAUCCAACCUGGACUCCUGCCUCAGCAGCAGUGGCACUGUGGAGGAAAGACCAGGAGUCCCCAUCUUUCUGCCUUAUAGGCAAGGACUUGCUGGCUGUAAAGGGACAUUGCUAGACACAGAUGUGGAAGGCCAGAGUCGGGAUGGAACACUUCCUCUCUGCAGAGCAGAAAUGAGCUCACGUAAGAUGAUGAACAAUGAUCAGGAGCACAAUUUCUGGUCAUAACAGCAUGUGUUAUUUCACAGGAAUCUAUGAAAAGAAUUUGCACUGGAAUGCACUUUUACAUAAGGACUGGGUUGAACUGAAUGCUAUUUAAUAUUGCCCAAGGAACUUGACAAACUUCGAACUUGGAAUCAAUAUCCUUAAGUUUAUUUGCUCAACAAAGAAAAGCUGUUUGAUUCUAUUCAAUGGAGUUCCAUUCAUCUUGCUCCAAAAUCUCAUCUUUUACUGUACGUAUUUGAAGUCUUAUGUAUUGCCAUUCUUGUUGACUUUGACAUUGUUCAGAACGAUUGUCGUAGCAAGUUGAGAUCAAGUUCAAGCUGCAUCGAUUCAUACGAAAAAUAGCCUGAUUUCUCCUGUGUUACUACCUACUUAACCAAGUUUCAAGGCAAGCAAGCACGUUGGUAGAGUCUAAAAGCAUGACCAAUUCAGAUUUAUUCAUAUCCCAUUGGCUUAUAAAUAACCUUAGACAAACAUCUGGCUUAGGUCCUACAAUUCUGUUACUAUUUUCUUUUUUUUUCCUUUUUGGAGAAGGAUAGCAAAAGCAGCAAGGUAGGGCUGAGAGAGAAGCUGUAGGAGAAGUCUAGUAUUGCACUACUGGAGACCAACUCUCAUUCCAGACUAGUGAAAGUUGAGGGGCUCUAGGAAUGGGCGUUACUGUUUCUGAGGCAAAUGUACAAAGCUUCUUAUCAUUUUCACAAAUGUCACACAGAUCUCUUUACAACAGGAGAACACCAAGUAUAGUAAUUGAGUUGUGUGUUUUCUCCAUCCUAUUCUCAGCCAGCUUUUUCCAGUCUGUGUUUCAAAAUCAUCUCAUCUUUUUUGAUUGUUUCCCGGCAUAAACUGUUGUCACUGUUCACAAGUUUCUAACACGGUUAUGAGCAGGGAAGAGUGAAUAAACAUAUCUGCCAUUAGCUCAAACUUGGGUCACCUCACCUGAAAUGGCUUUGAUUUUCUUUUUUUUAAAGAUUCUGUUUGAUGACAUCAGCUACGACAUCACCAAUUAGCCUGAGAAUUACCAAUCAUCCUUACAGCUGCUCAGCCAAAAAUGGUAUAUAAUAGCACUUGCUAAAUCUAUAUGGAUCUGUUAUUCUGGAGUUCAUCUCAAGGCCCAAUGGAUGUGAUCACUAUCAUUUUAUUUGUUUUAUUUGCAGCGGGGAGUAUAUUUUGCACCAAGUCUUUGAGGGUCAAACAGUACAUAAUAGGAUGCAUUAUAGGAAUUUGCAAAGAAGUGUACCAUUGUUUUGGAGAGGUGGUGGAAUCUCCUUUUAUUGAGUUGGGGUACGGGGUCUGUAUGGCAUUUGAAAAUGAUAAUGGUCUAUAAAUAAGAUGCUUUUUAAAUGUCUUUUGAUAAUCAUUCAGUGCUACUGACUUGCUUGCAAGUUUUCCAACAAAGUGCAGCACAGACUGAUAGGACGGGGUAGCCUGCAAAAGGGAAGAUUAUCUCUUGAACUGUUAAUUCAGCUGAUGUUUUAUUCGAUGUGAGUACUGCAAUAACCUGGCACCUCAGUUGUUUUCUCUUGCCUCUGAGUGAGAAAGUGAAGGAGUAGUACCUCGGGUAAAAUAGAAUGCUGGUAGUGGUCAGCAGAUUCAAAUGCACAGUUUAUAGCCCAAAUCAAGCUUCCUGACACCAGAAUAGUAUACCACAGAACUACAGGAUACCAGCUGCUUGGAUAUACUAUAUAUGACCAGUUGAAGAAGUCCAAGAUGAGGUGGCAGUUGGGUGUUGGGAUAUCUGGCCGCCUGUUCCACCACUGCAUGCACCAUUGACCCUACAAAUGGAACACUGUCUAUCUCUGGACAGGCAUGUAUACACUUCUCAGCAGACCCCUCUGCUUUACUCCAGCGAGACCCCUGGCAUACAAACAUCAAUCCCAUUCACUAGAAUGGUCACCACAGUCUAAUUCUUAACCUUAUUUUAAAAUUCUAAAUGUGUCAAACAAGGGGUAGACUCUAACAAGUCAGCCAGGGGCACUCCCCCAUACAGGAUAAAGUGCUAUAAUGUAGCUCUAGGAAAACUUACCCCAAAUACUGCAAUUUGUUACAUUUAUCAAAGUAUCGUCAAGUUUAUUGUCAUAUGCACAAGUAUAUGUAUGAACUGAAACAAUGAAAACUUUCAUCAGCAUCACAAGCACAUAGCAUAAGAGAUACAACAUUCACAAGACAAAUAUAAAUUAUACAAGAAAGAACACAAUUAGAACAAGAAGUCUGCUGUGGUGCGAAGUGUUCAUAGUGUUGCUCUUCUGCGAGAAUGAUUAGGAUUGUGCAGGUUGGUUGAAGAACCAAAUGGUUGAAGGGAAGUAGUUGUUAUGUUUACCCGCUGUUAAAGUUGACAAUGUUGUGACUGCAUUUCAUUGAUUCAAAAAAAAUAUAUAUACUAGCCUCAUAUUGUUACCAGGUUUCAGAUAUCUGAAUUUCAUGAAGGAUAAUGUGGCGAAAUGUAUGGGAUUUGAACUUUUUGACUUUCAAACGUGAUACACCAGAGUCACUAAGGAGUGAAACAGUCUUCACCUUAUCUCUAGUCUCUGCCUUUUCUGCUGGUUAAUGGAAGGAACUGUUACACACAGUGUAGGAUUGCAUGGCUGUCUCCCUGUCUCUCACAAGAUAAUCAUUAUAUACUGGCAGAAGAAUGCAUUUAAAUUGUAGCAUGCAGCAAUAUCUCUGGAUAGAGGAAGAAAAAGCUAAUUAUGUAAAAUUGUUGAACUCCUACUUCAGAGCCUGCAGAGGGACUUGGACCAGCUGGAAAAAUGGGCUAAAAAAUGGCAGAUGGAGUUUAAUACUGACAAGUGUGAGGUAUUGCACGUUAGAAGGACAAACCAACGUAGAACAUACAGGGUUAAUGGUAAGGCACUGAGGAGUGCAGUGGAACAGAGGGAUCUGGGAAUACAGAUACAAAAUUCCCUAAAAGUGGCGUCACA